AUAUUUUAGUUACAUGAAUGCGUGUUUUAGUGAACCUUUAAACACAGUGUCACCUUGAAUUCUACCGGCUAGGAAUGAAUGAACGUCGUCGAAAGCUAACGUUGACUGAAGAGACACAGAGACGAGCUGUGCUCAGAUUCACAAGUAAUUAUUUUUUGUUUAUUAUCAUAAACGUUUCGUAAAUGUUUUAGUGACACGUGUAGUGUGGAGAACUUCGCCUUUAUCCAUGUGUCAGGAGCGCAACGUUAUCUAUUUACUUCUUCUUGCUUGAAAAUGGGAGUCGUGCUGCGGAAUCUCCAGAAAGUAGUUCCUAUUCGCCGCGCGAGGCUGCGCAGGGAUGUUAACACUCUGAGACACAUCCUCGGCAUUCAGAAAUUCGACUUGGGUGUUAUUUGCGUUGACAAUCGCAGAAUCCAGCAAAUUAAUCACAUUUACAGAAAGAAGAACAUGCCUACAGACGUCCUCUCAUUUCCCUUCUACGAGGACCUGAGACCGGGGAAGCUUCCCUGCACUCUCCACAGAGAUGAGCUGAACCUUGGAGACAUCUUUCUUGGGGUUGAGUUUGUGAUGAAGAGAUGUCAGGAGGAAUCGGUGGACCUGCACGAUGCUCUAACUAUUGUCACUGCACAUGGGAUCUGUCACCUGUUGGGCUACAGACAUGAGACAGAAGAAGAAUGGACUGAGAUGUUGCAGAAGGAAAGCUACAUUUCAAGUGAGUACAGUAGACUCACAGGCCGGCAGCUGGAACCCCUGAUGAGAAGACACGAUGAAGACGGUUGACAGUGACCGGAGACUCCCAUCUUCACUGUACUACUUCCUGUUGAAUUGUUGUAUAGUCUCACAUGUUACAUUUUGGAACACUGACUUCUGCCUUAUUCCCACUGGACUGUGGCCACAUUGGAUUAAAUGACAUUGAAGUGCGUGGACUGCCA